AUUUAAUGUAAAAUGUAAAUGUCCGAUGUCUAUGUGAGUGAGCCACGCUACAGAGUGCAAUCUUGUGAAAAUACUUAUGUAGUUUUCAGGGAUUAAAUUAACUUGGAUUUACUCACUUGAAAGCAGUUAAACGUCGUUGUACAAAGUAAUUGAGUUUAUGAUACAAUAAUGGCUUCAAAUGAGAGCCGAAGUGUACAGUCAAACUUGCAUCAGCAAGACCUAACCAAACUUGAUGUCACAAAAUUAUCAGCUCUAUCACCAGAAGUAAUAUCAAGACAAGCGACUAUCAACAUUGGUACUAUUGGACACGUAGCUCAUGGAAAGUCAACAGUCGUAAAGGCCAUAUCCGGCGUCCAAACUGUUAGAUUCAAAAAUGAGCUAGAGAGGAAUAUUACUAUUAAAUUAGGUUAUGCUAAUGCGAAGAUCUACAAAUGCGACAACCCGAAGUGUCCCCGGCCGACGAGUUAUAUCUCCGGCGGUUCGUCCAAGGAUGAUAAUUUCCCUUGCCUGCGACCCGCCUGUACUGGUCGCUUCCAACUCGUGCGACAUGUCAGCUUCGUCGACUGCCCCGGGCACGACAUUCUUAUGGCAACCAUGCUCAACGGAGCCGCGGUUAUGGACGCGGCGUUACUACUCAUCGCAGGAAACGAGUCGUGCCCUCAGCCGCAGACGAGCGAGCACUUGGCGGCGAUAGAGAUAAUGAAGCUGAAGCACAUGCUGAUCCUGCAGAACAAGAUCGACCUGGUGAAGGAGGGGCAGGCGAAAGAACAGCACGAGCAGAUCGUCAAGUUCGUGCAGGGCACCGUGGCCGAGGGAUCGCCCAUCAUACCUAUAUCUGCACAGCUUAAAUAUAACAUUGAGGUGCUGUGCGAGUACAUAACGAACAAGAUCCCGGUGCCGCUGCGGGACUUCACGUCGCCGCCGCGCAUGAUCGUCAUCCGCUCCUUCGACGUGAACAAGCCGGGCUGCGAGGUGGACGACCUGCGCGGCGGCGUGGCCGGCGGCUCCAUCCUGCAGGGCGUGCUCACCCUCGGCAUGGAGAUCGAGGUGCGGCCGGGGCUGGUGAGCAAGGAGGCGGAGGGGCGGCUGACGUGCCAGCCCAUCUUCUCGCGCAUCGUGUCGCUGUUCGCGGAGCAGAACGAGCUGCAGUACGCGGUGCCCGGCGGCCUCAUCGGCGUCGGCACCCGCAUCGAGCCCACGCUCUGCCGCGCUGACCGCCUCGUCGGACAGGUGCUGGGCGCGGUGGGCACUUUGCCGGGCAUCUUCGUGAAGCUGGAGGUGUCGUACCACCUGCUGAAGCGGCUGCUGGGCGUGCGCACGGAGGGCGACAAGAAGGCCGCCAAGGUGCAGAAACUCACCCGCCACGAGAUGUUGCUUGUAAACAUUGGAUCUUUAAGUACCGGCGGGCGAGUUAUCGCGACUAAGGCCGAUUUGGCCAAAAUCGCUCUCAACAACCCCGUCUGUACGGAGAUCGGAGAAAAGGUCGCACUCAGCAGACGAGUGGAAAACCAUUGGCGGUUAAUUGGCUGGGGACAAAUCCAAGGAGGUGAAACGAUCGACCCCGUGAAGAACUGAAGCUGUUUAUAGAUUCUUUUAUAUAUUUAUCUAUUGUCAUAUUAUGUAAUAAAACAAAAUAAAUGUAA